AUGCACGCCAAUUUCACGUACGCCAAAUGUAGGCGAGAAUACGGUAAACAAUGUAAAUUCAGUAAUUGGGGUCCGAAAAUGCUGGAGAAUUUAACACCGCAACCCCGUCUGGAAGACCAAUGGAUACCGGAGAGCCCGUGUAAUAGGAGCACGUUGAUUGCCGUCGAUAUGUCACUGCACGAUAUCAACACAGUGCGUGCAGAGUACGCUGAACACGGUGUUUACCACGUGGAAGGCGGAUGGCCCAAAGAUGUCAAUAUGGACGAUCCUGAACAAGUGGUCAGGUUUAGGAAAAAAGCCGAAAAGGACGAUUCGUACAUGCAAGCCGUGUUGCAGAUGUCCAACCUUACCGAACACUUUAUCAAUCAAAACAACUCCAUUGACAUAUAUGAACCAUAUUUUAUCGACCCGGACUGCCAGCAGAUGCAUACAAUAGCUCCAUCUUUCCGGACGGUAGCCGUCAUGUCCGAUACUUUUUCUCCAACAAGACCGGUACAGCACUUAUCUUGGUCUCCCGAUCAAGGUUCGUUAGUAGCAAUUAGUUACGCCAACAUGGAGUUUCAAAUGGCGGACCCACUUAGCAGUCCCGAUUCGCUAGUAUUUGACUUGGAGGACUCGACAACGCCCUUUAUCACCAUCGAAUCGCAACAUCCAAUCGUUACCCUCGAGUUCAAUAACCGAGACUCUCAGUGCUUAGCUGGCGGUCUUGUAAGUGGGCAGGUCGCUUAUUGGGACAUUCGCAAGGGUUCAGCGAGUGUCGGCAUCAGCAACGUUAAAAGCAGCCACCGCGAUCCAGUCAGAAGUCUGCAUUGGAUUAAUUCCAAAACCAGUACGGAAUUUUAUACAGGCUCCAGUGACGGUCAGGUGAUGUGGUGGGACACGAGGAAACUAACGGAACCGACAGAAGUUCUGUUUUUGGAUCUGUCGAAAAGCGAGAAUACAGAUGAUCCAGAGUGGGUGAAAUGGGCGCGGUCUCAUGGCGUGACUUGUUUGGAUUACGACCCUGCAAUUCCAAUUCGAUUUAUGAUAGGUACUGAAACCGGUCAGGUGUUUAACGGAAACCGUAAGGGUAAAACAGUAUUUGAAAAAAUCUCGGCUACCUAUAACUGUCACGUUGGUCCAGUUUACUCGGCUCAGCGAAAUCCUACGUUCUUGAAAAACUUUUUAACAGUCGGUGACUGGCAAGUGCGAUUGUGGUCAGAAGACGUCAAAGACUCUCCAAUUAUGUGGUCAAAGCGUCACGAAAUGAGACUGACCGAUGGCGCUUGGAGUGAAACUAAACCAUCGGUGUUCUACACGACUCGGGCCGACGGUUGUUUGGACGCUUGGGAUGUUCUACAGAAACAGAAAGAUUCCAUACUCACAAUUAAGGUGUCUGACGAAGGCUUGAACUGUAUUAGAUGUCACGAAGGCGGAGCGCUAUUGGCCGUCGGCGACGACUGCGGUAAGACUUAUGUGAUUGAAAUGAACGAUUGGUUUGUGACACCUGGGAAAAACGAUAAAGCCUUAUUGACUGCUAUGUUUGAUCGAGAAACGAGACGUGAGAAAAUCAUCGAAGCCAAACUUCGAGAGCUGAAAUUAAAAACAAAAUCCGCGCCUAAAGACACUAUCACCGUCAAAGACAAACAAGUGCAGUUGGCGGAAGCCGAAGCAAGAAUAAUCGAAGAAGCAGAGAGGGAGUUUUUUGAACUCAGCACUGUUAAACAAUAUGAUGAUAAAGCCGAUGCUGUAACAGAAGAUGAACAUGACGACGGGGAAGAGGAAGUCUCAUUCGAAGAUCAUAUUGAGCUUUAGUCUAUAUAUAUGUAUAAGUUUUCAUGUAAAAUCCAUAUGUGUUCAGGGGAAAAGUGAAAACUUAAUUAAGGCCGGGAAAUUUUACUUAAUUACAUUUUUUUUUAAAUUUCUUUUACAAAAA